AGGUGUUGAUUAUACAUUUUUAAGCUUUAAUUUCUUGACUUUUUUGAUUUAUGAAUUAUGAUGAUUAAUUUAUAAUUAUGAUUUUUUUUUUCAGACACGACGGAAGCGUCGAGUACGACAGAUUGUGCCAGGGCCUCGAUCAUGUUUCGAUUAGUUUUGAUGUCAAGAACAGUCGAGUCAAAAUUGCAUGCCCACUUUGCGAGACUGUCCAGGCCACCUGUAACACGGAACGAAGCGGUUCCUGGAAGAUCACCAACUUUGUGACUCACGUCAAAAAUCAUUGGAAGAAGCCGGACGAACCUGCAGAAAAACGUCAAAGAACGGCUCUUCUGAUUGAACGUGUACCAUCUGAACCUUCCCGAUCGCAAAGCCAGUCCGCAUCCGAUAGCUUGGACAGAAACGAACUCACCACCUCGCUCACGACGACGAGUGCGACUUAUGAUGACUUCACAAUCGAAUCAAUUCCAUUUGUUGACCCAGAUGACCAACGUGAAGACCAGGACGCAACUUCGACCGAGGCGCUAGACUCCGACAUUCCAGAGAAUUUAAACUAGCUGUGUGCCAACAGAGGGCCGAUGCUGGCACAGCUGAACAAGGCCGCAAGAAAUCUCCACGCCUGAUCGAUCUACUGCAAAAUGUUCACGAAAAAUCGGAAAAUUUGGAGAAAUUAAACGGAAUGCGCUACACACAGAGAGAACUGGACCUGUUUUUGUAUCAGUACGUUCAAGGAGGAGCUCAUUUUUAUCAAGAUCAACGAGCGAACGCAAUCUGCCCAAGCCAGGCGACUCUCAAAAGAUUGUUGAGCAAGAAAGCCGAACGUUUUGAAGAAGGUCAACUGCGAAUACACGAGCUGGCACGGUUCCUCGAAAAAAAUAAUUUGCCAAAGGCUGUUGUUUUGAGCGAGGAUGCCACCAAAAUAAACGGACAAAUUGAGUAUGACCAUGCAAAAGCGCGAAUAUGUGGCCUCGUAGCUCCGUUCAAUGCUAACGGAAUGCCAGAGAGCAAUAUUUUCAGAACAACCAACCCAGUACAAGUCCUAAACAAUAUAAAGAACUAUCCGGUGGGCCGUAACGUCUACGUUUGCAUGGCGCAGCCAUUGGAAGCAGGGUCACCGUCGUUCUGUUUGCAGUAUUUUUGCAGCGAUAACAAAUUUACUGCAAAGCAAGUAACCACAAGAUGGAAGCAUUACAGAGAGGUUAUGGACAAAGAAGGAAUUAUAAUUGUCGGACAUGCCAGUGACGGAGAUCCUCGACCAAUCGGAUCCAUGCUUGAUGGUAUGGAGAUGCCGAGCAGUUCUAAUUCAACAUAUGGAGAUGACUAUUGCGCAACGGCGCUCCCCGAACGCGUUUACAUGCAGGAUUACACCCACGGCGUAAAUAAGCUGAAAGUGAAAAUCUUAAAGAAAGAUGUUGAGUUGCUUUUAGGAAAAUUUAAAAUAUCACGACUCCAUCUUGAGACACUCCUUGCAAAUGUUCAUAAGAGUGUGCACGGACUUUCUCCAGCGGACCUGAAUGACGGGGACAAGAUGAAGUUCCAGCCUGCUCUGCGUAUGUCGAAACAAUGCGUUAUCGAUGCGCUGAGAGCACACGUCCCCGAAAGCAACGCAACAGCCUUGUAUCUCACUAUGAUGAAGGAUAUUGUGGACACAUUUAUUACCAGAACAGAACUCUGUCCAGUCCAAAACGUGUUCAAAAUUUGGCACGUACUAUUCAUCUUGCGGGCUUGGCGGAACAUGUGCAUGAGAAAAUACAACGGUAUAAAAAAUACCAUCACGACAAAUACAUACUGGAGCGUUGAGCUGAUGGCCCAUAGCUUGAUCAACUAUAUUGCUCAAUGCCGCGAAAAAGGUUUACCGUAUCUACCGGAGUUGAUCCAGAGCCAAACGUGCGAGAGCUUCUUUCGAUCAGCGAGAUCAUUAUCUACUACGGAGUCAACGGUGAUCAACUUCACAAUGAAAGGCUUUGAGUCCAAAAUUAAUUUGAUUCAAGCAAAGACGGAAAUCGCCCACGACGCAUCCAACGGGUUUGUUUUUCCCCGUGUAGAUCAAAAGAAGACCGACAGCAUGAUAAUCGACUAUCCCCUGCCAACGAUUUCCGAAAUUCGAGAAACAAUUGUGAAGGCGCGAGCUGAAGCAACUGAAACACUGAAGGACCUCGGAAUCACCGAUGAUGAAAUCGAUUUCAAAGAAUCAAUCGAAUUGCGACAACCCAGAAAGAAGACUGAGCCAAACUUUGAAUUUGUGGACACAAAUGCUGUGAAUUCAGAGGAGUCCGAGGACGAAGAAGAAAUCUCUGCGUAUCACAAUGAGUUCAUGGAUGAAUCAACACUAGAGCAAACACAACCCGAGGAAGAAGACAAAAAUGACUAUACGGACAAACAAACACAAUCAGAGGAAGAAGACAAAAUUUAUGAUGUAGAUGAAAUCUUCAAAGAUUCACCGGAAACUUUUAACGUCGUUGCAUCCAAAAACAUCAACCCCAAGCAUUCGUUUAGAGUGAGAAAAUCCGACGGAAAAAUAGUUCAUCUCAACAUGAAGACAUUUUUAUGGCUAAUCCAAAAUGGACCUGAUAGAUGCAGCGUGGAUAGAACGAAGAGGUUUCAGGAAAAGGCAAGCUUGAAGACAUCUGUCCACCAUACCGAAAAUGAAGAGCGAGACAUCGUAAGAAGAGGUGACUGGAUCGCUGUUAACAACAAGGGAGUAUUUACAGUAGCGCACGUCCAUGGAUUUAGAUACCUGUCUGGGAAGAGAACAUCAUUUACCUUGGAUGAGUGUCCCGUUAACCCACCGAGCUGCAGCAACUCAAAAGGCGUUGGUGUAAUUGGCAGCUUUUAUACCAUGACUGAAUCAAAUGAUCUGCGACCCGAUAAAAGCAUAACGCAAGGCUAUGUGAACAUUCAAUCUUACGUAUCUCAUGUGAAAAGUCCAUCUCACGAUGGUGCAGCAUGGGCAUUUUCUUCUGAGAAUUUGAUUUAUAUUUCUAAGCUACGAAACAAUCCUACAGUUGCUGACUGAAUCGAAUUGAUUUCUGAAAGGUUAAGAAAAGAAGCGUUGAAGAAAGUUUAGAAAACGCAUUAUUUGUUAUAGUUAAGUUUGUUGAAAUAAAACAUAUCAAACAUUUUAUUUUUGUAUUUAUCCACAUGACCGUAAUCCACACCUCGCACCUCACAUCUUUACAUACUGAAUUAUAACCUCACAUGCCCAUUUCUUGAGGAUUUGUUUUUUUUUCGUGUUAAGAAGGACAUUUUGAGCGACUUUUGUUCUAGGAAAAACUUGACUCCUCUUGUUUUAUAUUUUCCUUGUUUCAUUUUUAGUAUUUUAUUUUGCAUUUAUGUUGUUAGGUUUUUGUUUGUUUCUGAUAGUAUUUGGCUUAUUCUUAGACCUUUUAUCAUUACCUUGUGCCUUUCUUGUUUUUUCAUGUUUUUGGAGCAACUUUUUCAUUUUUAGCUUGUUUUCACUUUUUCUGCUAUAGAACGAUACCAUUGUCAUUUAAAUUGUAGAAACAUGAGUAGAAGCAUAGUCUGGAACAUUACAAAAAGUACUGCAUACUUAUUAUUACAAAACAUACACAAAUGUUAGCGAAAAACACUGCCAAAGUUGACCCCAGAAAAAUGACAUUGAUUGAAAUAUUGGCAAAGUCACAUAAAUUAAGUCAAACUUCCAACCCUUAAAUAUGCUAGAAUUUAAGUAGUUCUCCUUUCCUUUGCUUUCCCAAUGCUUUUAAAGAUCAAAAAUUGGUUGAAAAAGUGAUUUUUGGCGAAUUAGUUGGAUCGAUGCCCACCUAGAGGCGGGGUUGGGUUGUAGAGGGUUUAGACACAUCCUAACAGCGACACAUCCUUGCGCAUUCCGUUAUCAGUAGAAUCUCUUAUAGAAUAUUUGACGAAGCUUGCUGUUUGAAUUUGUCAACAACAUUUGUGAUCGUGAGUUCGUUGCUGUAAAUAGCAUUUAUUUAAAUAUAGUUUUUAUUUAUUUUAAGCUGCUUCCUGUCUUUCCCAUUUCAAAUCAGCAUCAACCGGUCCGACUGCCUUCUGCUAUUCUGCGCCGUUAGUCUUAUCGCUUACUACGGGAGGUGUUAACGGCACCAGAGUGCACCAACUGCAUCAUGUACUGAAGUGUCCCUGCACCAUCCGCUAGCAGCUUUCCUCCUACGGCUCUGAAGCAUCUCUCGAAUUAACGACCUACUCUCAUUAGAUGCGGGGCCAUACAAAAUUCCCGGUUUCUUUUCGCAAAGCCCGCCUUGGCAUUGAACACUUGGUUGUCCUGGCCAUCGUGGGCCAUCCAUCGAUUUGUUAACGUUCACGAUGUUUCCGUGCUGCCGGCAAAGUUGCAGCAGCUGGACUCUGACACAACGCGGGUCUUCAGUCCAAUCCGUACCACCGGCGGGUCGCUGCAUCCCGUUUCAUUUCCACCAGCUCGUCCGGUAGCGACCCCUGACAGCGCCCAAGUCGUCUAGACAAUUCCCCGGCUGUGUCCUACCGAAUAAUUUCAGGAUCGUAGUUGUCCUUGCUCAUCCGAUCCAGUCCAAUGCGGCCAAAUCCGGACGAGUGCUGCUGCUUUUCCAAGUAGUCAAACCAGUUCCAAUUUAAAGCUGACCGCCAAGAAUCCACGGCUUUGUUGUAUCGACGGAACUUUUACCCAGGCCCCUUCUCGCAGUACUCCAGAGAGCAAUUACAUGUUUUUUGUUAAAUUAAUCAACUAAUUACGAUCGUAAAAUCAAAUUGCACACUUUCCUUCAUCAACUCCAGGCCUAACCAAACAAACUCACGAGUAUUUUUUAUGUUUUUGACA